CUAGGAUAUACGAUUACGUUGUUGAUGAAGAUCGUAGGACGAAAACAUAAAAAGAAGGGCUUGUUUUGAUUAUAGACUAACGUGGUUUAACUUAAUAAAACUUCAUAAAAAAUGUCUGGGAUUUGCAGGUUGUUGAUUCUGCCAAGCAGAAUUUCUCGGUCAGCUCUCGGUGUCGCUCUUCGAGGAGAUAUUACAUCAGGGCUGAUAGUAACGUCACAUCAAGACUACAGCCAUGGAUUAUCACACAGAGGGAAUGCCAGGAAAUGCAACAGGCAUUUAUCAAGUAAUUGCAAUAAAUGGCCGUCCAGAGACCACCUAUCCCAAAGAUUUCCAACAUCAACAGAGAAUAGGACUACAUGUAUAUCACCAUUCCAUCUAUCACAUAUAUCCCAAGACUCUAUUCUAAAUGGGCCAACACUUUUAGAACCUCAACAUGUCUAUGCACAAGUCAUCAGUAUACGUAACUUGCACGGGUCCUCUCGGUUGUACGACCUGGCCGACCCGGAGUCAAAGGUGGAGAGGACUGUGAAAGCCUUGAAGGAUAAGAAGAAAGAGAAGGAGAGACAUGUGGAGAAGGUGGAAGGAGAUACGAGGGAAGCGAAGCUGGAAGACAUGGGGGCCCCGCCCCGACCGGAAGUGAUCCUGGUGCCGAAGAAACCCAUAAUGGUUCGGAUUAAGGAUGAGGUGAUGCACUAUGUCAAUGGCUUCCGGCUGUUUGGAGUGGACCUUAAGAUUGCUAUGCGUCACCUGUGGGCUGUUCUGAAUGGAGGUAGUUUGACUAGGAGAGAGUACAGACAGUUCACGCGUACUGCCUCCGAUCUGUUCCGCCUUGUUCCUUUCUCUGUUUUCAUCAUCGUACCGUUCAUGGAGUUCCUUCUUCCAGUUGCCCUGAAGCUCUUCCCAAACAUGCUGCCAAGCCAUUUUGAAACUAAAUCGAAGAAGGAAAAGCGUUUGAAGAAAGAAUUGAAACUGAAGCUUGAGAUGGCCAAAUUCUUGCAGGAUACCAUCGAGGAGACAGCACUUCAGUCCAAGAGAACCCAGAAAGGAGAUACUGCACAAGAGAGUGCACUCCAGUUCAAAAACUUCAUGGAUAAGAUCCGAGAGACUGGAGAACAGGCUAGUAACGAGGAGAUCAUGAAGUACUCUAAACUCUUUGAAGAUGAGCUUACACUUGACAAUCUCUCCCAUGACCAGCUGAGGGCGCUAAAUAGGUUACUACAGCUACCCUCCAUCGGAACGAACAACAUUCUCAGAUUUCAACUCAGAAUGCAACUCAGGACGUUGAUGGCUGAUGACAAGAUGAUCAAGAAGGAAGGUGUAGAUUCCUUGACUCAGAGUGAAUUACAAGCAGCUUGCCAAGCCAGGGGUAUGAGAGCUCUUGGGGUGUCUACAGAGAGACUUAAAUCACAACUUUCACAGUGGCUUGAGCUUCACAUUGAUGAGCAGAUCCCGACAUCUCUUCUGCUUUUAUCAAGAGCCCUUUACUUACCAGAGCACUUAUCAACUGGAGAUCAAUUGGUUGCUACCAUCGCUUCCCUGCCACCUGAAACGGCGGAUGAAGCUAAGGUGAAACUUGCUGAAAUUGAAGGUAUCAAGGUAGAUAACACUGAGAGGCUUAAGAUUACCAAGAAAGAAGAGGAAGAGAUCAAGAAGGAGAAGGAAGAGAAGAAACUCAGGGAAGAACAAGAACUCCUGGAAAUUGAAAAGAAGAAGGCUGAGAAGUUGGAAGCAGAAGUGCUUGACAUGGGUGAAGUGAUGGUAGACAAGGCACCUAUCCUUCAGGAGACAGCACGCGUUACAGUUGAAGAAGAUCAGGUGACAAAGGAAGAUCUGACUGAGCUUGGUGAGGUACUGGUUGAGAUUGCUAAGGAGAAGGAUGCCUUGUUUGAAGAGAAGGGAGAUCUAGAGGAACUCAAGGAGGACGUAGAGGAGUAUAAGGAGGAUCUGGAGGACUUGAGAAGAGAAACAGAAGAUGUUGACAUGCCAGAUCUUACUGAGUCAAAGUCAUCUGUCAGGCUAGGAAAACAGGUUGAUCGUAUGAUGGGCAGGUUGGAGAAGAUUGUCUCGGAGCUGGAGGAGCAGAGGACAGCACUCCAGGAGGAGCAUGCGGAGAUGAAGGAGAAUCUGGAGACCAAGAGGAAAGUCAUGGAUGAAGGAGACAACUCCGAAGAGGAGAAGGAGGCCUGGGAGCAACUCAAGCAGAGGGUCACUAAAAAGAAGAAGAAUCUGAUCCGUGUGGAUGAGCUGAUAGAUGCUAUGCGUAAGUUUGGCAAGGUGUCUGAUGAAGAUAAACUGCAGCGUAUUGCCGAGGUUCUUGAUGAGGAUCAUGAUGGUGCUAUACAAGUUCAGGAAGUACUCAGGGUUAUUGAGACCAUGGCCAAGGAGGAGAUAGCCCUCAACACCAAGCAGAUCGGAGAGGUGAUGGAUCUCUUGUCGAAGGAGGAGAUCAUGGAGGAGCUGGAGAAAGACGUGGAGCGGGAGGAGAAGGAGAUCCUCAGGGAGAGCUCCAACUCCAAAGAAGUAGAGAAGAAUUAAAGGUUGUGGGAGAAGGGGGAGAAUGAGGAGAUGUUUUGAGAGAGCUCCGGGGAGAGGACGAGACAUAAGCGGUGUAAGAGAAGGACAAGCGUGAUCUUUCGAGUGUCCUUCAAGAUAGUAAAAAAGAAUUGAAGGUUGUAGGAGGAGGAGAAUGAGGAUAUUUUUUGACAGAGCUACAUAGAAGAAGAGGAGAAUUAAAGGGUGUAAGAGAAGGAGAUCUUUUGAGAGAAUUCCAAGCGAGAAAAAAAAAUUAAAGGUUGUAGGAGAAGGAGAUCUUUUGAGAGAGCCCCGGGAAAGGAGAAGAGAAUUCAAGGAUGUGAGAGUAGGAAAAUGAGAUCUUUUAAGAGAAUUCCAAGUAAGUAAAAAAGAAUCAAAGGUUGUUGGAGAAGGAGGAGAAUGAGAAGGAGAUCGUUUUAGAGAGCUCUGGGGUAGAAGAAGAGAAUUAAAGGGUGUAAGAGGAGGAAAAGGAGAUCUUUUGAGAAAAUUCCAAGAGUAAAAGAAUGAAAGGUUGUAGAAGGAGGAGAAUGAGAAGAUCUGAUGAGAGAAUUCCAAGAUUGUAAAGGUUCUAGAACUCAAUGUUAUGGAAACAGGAGCUAUGAAGGAUACAGGAGUAAAAGGAGAAGUGUGGUCUUUCGAGAGAGAUCCGACAAAGACAACAAUGAAGGGUAAUUUUCAAGGGAGCUCUCAAAAUUUCCUAUUCCAUCAUUGUGUAAAGCGCUGUGAAACAAUGAUAUAUUGAUGAACUUAUUAUUGUUAAAGGUAGUGGGAGCUUUUGAGAUCUUCUUAGGGACCUCUAAGGAAGUGAGAGAUGGUUAGAGUGUAGGAAAAUGAGAAACGAUAUUUUACUAGAAAGCUCUGAAGAGCUAGAGAAGAUUCAAUUAAAGUACCAGGGCAGAAGUAGGAUAUUCUUGAGAGAGCUCCAACAGCAGGAUCUAUAGAGAUCUUUCAAGAGAGCUGUAGUAAAUAAAGAAAUGAAUAAGAGAAGCCUAUGUUCAGUUGGUCUUUCCAAAGAGCUCCAAGGUAGUAGUAGAGAAGGCUAAAUGUUGAGGGAAUAGGAGCUAUUGAGAUGAUGGAAGCUCUGGCGGAGUAGUACUAGCUUGAAGCUCUUAGGAGAUAGAUUGUAUCUAAUGAUUUCUUAUAUAGAAGGAAUAGAAAAGUCCUAGGAAGCAGGAGCCACAAUUCAUUUCAAAUUUAUAUUUUUUCCAUCUUCACAAAAUGUACUUUUUCAAUAAAAUCUAUAAAAAAUGAUUUGUCAUGAAAGGGUAUAAUCAUAUAAAAGAUUUGUUAACAGAAGAAGGCAUGAUUCCCUUAAAGCAGAGCUUGUGGCGGGGAUACUCAUGUAACACAAAUACAAAUAUUAUUAUGAAAAUUAUAAUGAUAAUAUCUAUCUAGAAAUAUUCUAUUCGAAGGCACACAAGAACAAGAGAGAAUAAGAGAGUUUGGAUUGAGUAUCAUGGUGCCAAGAACUUAUACUGGUUGGUGGAGCUAUCGAUAAGAUUUAGUAGUACAGGAAAAAAAAUAUUAAGGAAAUGAAAAUAGGUGCUAUUUAGAAAGGCCGUUAGUGAUUGCAUUCCCUAACCUAUAUCCUAGUGAAUUUUAAAGGCUUAUUUUAGGAUUAUUCAAGAGUCAGACUUGAAACCUGUGAUAUCAGAUAGUAGUGCUAUGAUGAACAGUUAUUACAGAUAUGUUUAUAUGAAAAGAAAAUGUGAUGGUUUUGUUUAAUUGCAAGAUUAUUCUUUCCUUUGUGGAAUGUACUCUAAGAAUACCUUGGGAAAUGUGUUCUUGGUAGUUGGAGUCCUGCAUGAUAUGUUUUACAAACAUGUGAAAUUCAGUGAUGGUGUGAUAGUUUAAAGAACCAUUUUUCUUUUACUGAAAUAUUUUAGGAAUAAUCCUGUUCAGCUACUAAUAAAUUUUAAUUUGUAUCUAGUUUCUUUAAAAAAAAAGAAAGAAUUAAAAUGGUUAUAUUCUUA